GUUUUCUCUUUCGCAUUGACAUUAUUUUUUGAAAGCAUUAACUCAUACCCAUUUUUGAUUAUUUUAGGAUUAUUAAAGUUCCUUAGAACAUGAACCUCGAAAAUCAAGUGUCUCUUUGUGGAAUAGUACCAGCAUGCUCUAUCCAGACAUCGGUAUCUCAGGCGUCGGGAGAUCUUUUCUCUGAUAGCAAUUGCGGGGAACCCCUCCUGUCGCAACGGAUUGUUCUAGAUUUCACACCAGACGAAGCUUUGGAUCAAGACUUUGUUCAACGAAAGUGUGUCGCUUUUUGGGAAUGCGUUGAAAGAAAUCCAGAUCUGCAGAACUUAGGCACUUGUCCUGACUACAACGUUUUUGAUAAAAACACGUCCACGCCUAGUAGUAGUUACGCAAUGAAAAAGGAGUUUACAAUCGAUAAAGAAGACAAAGCGAAGACAGCAGUCUCUAUGCUUGAAUUGGUCGAAAACAAAGGGCUCAUUGACCGUGCAUUUGAAGGCAAGCUCCCGCAGUCCUAUUGUUCGUUCGGCGAAGACCAUUAUUCUGCCAAAGAAUCAAUUGCCAUUACUCAAAAGAAAGGUCUCGAAGGAGAUGAAAAGCAGAAUAAGAAAUAUUCAUCUCGUGGCGCACUCAAGAAAUUGUGCUUGAAACUUGACGAUUGGAAUACAGGACAUCCAAGAUAUAUGAAGCCACCAGGACAUUCACAAACGCUACUCACGUGCAAAAGACGUAAAAAUGUUUCUUGAUCAAAUAUUUAAUUACAUAUAUAUGUUUUCAAGUAUGUUAUACUUAACUUUAAUUCCUAAAUGAUUUUAGAUACCAUUAUAAAAUAUAAUGUACUAAGUAGUAUUUUAGAUGUACUUUUCUUUCUUAAAUAAAUAAGUUGG